ACACUUAUAAGAUGGAGAAGCGCUAACGUGCGCUGAUCUCUGGUGUCUCCGCUAUGGCCACUGGAGACCAGACAAAGAAACUUCCACUCUUUCCUUUGGUUUCUCUCCUCUGCUUCGCUUCCAUCUUCUUCGUUCUCUCUUUUUCAAGAAGACCUCCACUCUCUCACCAGACUUUUCAACUCAAACCGAAUCUCAUAUCCGACCCGACUUCACCACCCGAAUCCUGCGAUUACACACAAGGCUCCUGGGUCUACGAUCCAAAUUGGAGCUCCGACAGGUACGAUAGUACUUGCAAGGAGCUAUUUAAAGGAUGGAAUUGCAUUGCUAAUAAUAAAUCCAAUGCUAGAGAAAUCGUCAAGUGGCGUUGGCAGCCUAAUGGCUGUAAUCUCCCGCCUUUCGAUCCAGUGCGGUUCUUGGAGACGUAUAGAGACACUAAAAUUGGAUUUAUUGGUGAUUCCUUGAAUAGGAAUAUGUUUGUUUCUCUCUUUUGCACAUUGAAGAGGGUGUCGAGUGCAGUGAAAAAGUGGCGUCCUGCCGGGGCUGAUCGGGGGUUUACAUUUACUGACUAUAACCUUACUAUUGCAUACCACCGAACAAAUCUUCUGGCACGUUAUGGUAGAUGGUCUGCUAAUGCUAAUGGUGGAGAGUUGGAAUCUCUUGGAUAUAAAGAGGGUUAUAGAGUUGAUGUGGACAUUCCAGACGGCACAUGGGCAGAUGCUCCCAACUUCCAUGAUAUUCUGAUCUUCAACACAGGACAUUGGUGGUGGGCUCCUUCAAAAUUUGAUCCUGUAAAUUCACCCAUGCUUUUCUUUGAGAAGGGCCAACCUGUUAUCCCACCUAUACCUCCUGAUGUUGGCCUGGACAAGGUUUUGAAAAGCAUGAUACUGUUUGUUGAGAAAAGAUUGCGUCCCGGUGGGAUCAAGUUCUUCCGUACAGAGUCACCUAGACAUUUUGAAGGCGGUGAUUGGGACCAGGGUGGUUCCUGUCCACGUGUACGACCUUUCUCGUCUGAGCAGGUGAAUAACAUCUAGAAUUCAGCAUCAUAUUCAGCAAAUGUAGAAUCACGCCUGGUGAACCAGCAUCUAUUCCAAGCUCUCAAUGGAUCUAAUUUCCAUAUCUUGGAUAUAACCCACUUGAGCGAGUUCAGGGGAGAUGCCCAUCCAUCUACAGCAGGUGGGAAGAGACAUGAUGAUUGCAUGCACUGGUGCUUGCCUGGAAUAACAGAUACUUGGAAUGACUUGUUCAUAAUGCAUCUAGACGGUAUUAAGGUCAGAAACUGAUGCAUCACUAAUUAUUCUUUUUCCAUAAUUGAGUGUAGGUUCUUUGAGAUUCUCCUGCUAAUGAUAUCAAGUCUUUUCUAUUUAUAUUUUGAAAAUUGAAACA